AUGGGGGAUAAUAUCGGAACUAGUUCAAAUAAUAAUUCUGUUAUUUCAAUUGGAAAUAUUAGAGGGUUUGGAGGAAGCGAUUACGGAUCAUUUAGGAUGUCUAAUGAAUUUUUGGGAUGGAAGAAUAAAAAAACAAAUAAUGUUUAUCAAUACAAAUUUAGUGAUAUUAGUGAAGGAGAAUGGAUAAAAACAAGUUAUAAUAAUAAUAGAUUACAUUUAAAGUUAAUAGACUUAAAAGAUAAUUUGAUAGUAUAUUUUGAUGGAUUUCCUGAUAGAAAUAUAAAUGAAAUAACACAACAUUUUCAAAAAUAUUUUAAUAUAAGAUUAAGUAAUCGCAAAAUAGCAACAAAGGGAUGGAAUUGGGGAGAAUUUAAAUUCGAAAACUCUAAUUUGUUAUUUGAUAUAGAUAAAAAAUAUGCAUUUAAUAUUCCUACUAAUAAUAUAAAUCAGUUAAAUGUUCAACUUAAAACAGAUAUAGCUAUGGAGUUGAAAAAUGAAGAAAAUCAAGCGAAUGAAGAUCUUUUGUCAGAAAUACGUUUUUAUUAUCCUCAUGAGAAUGAUGAAAAUCAAACCUUUCAAAAUUUAAAAAAUGAUUUAUUAGAAAAGGUUAAUAUUGAUGAUUCAAAAAGUGAAAGCAUUGCAUCUUUAACAAAUAUACCUUUAUUAGUCCCAAGAGGCAGAUAUGAAAUAGAAAUGUAUAUAAGAACUUUUAAAUUGCAUGGGAAGUCCUAUGAUUUUACAAUUCAAUAUACUAAUAUAAAUAAAAUGAUAUUAGUUCCUAAAAGUAAUUCUAACCAAUAUGUAUUAAUUUUCAGUUUAAAUAAUAAAAUGAAACAAGGGCAAACCGAAUAUCCCUUUAUAUUAAUUCAAUUGAAUAAUGAUGAUGAUAUGGACAUCAAUAUAAAUGCAAAUGAAGAAGUUAUCAAGAAAUAUAAAUUAGAAAAAACAAUUUCAGGAAAACCAUAUGAUGUAGUCACAAGACUUUUUACUUCUUUAGUUAAAAAAAGUGUAAUUAUACCUGGAGAUUUUAGAACGGCUAAAAAUCAAUAUGGAAUAACAUGUAGUUAUAGGGCAGCAAGUGGACAACUAUACCCAUUAAAUAAAUACUUCCUUUUUAUUAUCAAACCAGUUAUUUUAAUUUCUUUCGAAGAUAUUGUCACUUUAAGCUUUCAAAGAACAGGAAAUAUUAACCAACAUCGUUUUUUUUCUCUUAUUAUAAAACACAAAAGAGGGAUUAGUUAUGAAUAUACUAAUAUUGAUAAAAGUGAGUAUGUACCAUUACUCAAUUUUUUAAAAAGUAAAAAUCUGAAUAUUCAAGAUGAUGGAACUGGUACCGAAAAUAAACAAGAUUUUGGUGAUGAAUUAUCAGAAUCAGAUGAAGAGGAAUAUGUUGAAGAGGAAGAUGAAGAUGAAGAGGAUUAUGUUGCAGAAGAAGAAGAGGAAGAAGAAGAAGAAGAAGAAGAGGAAGAAGGAGGAGAUGAUGAUGAUGAAAAUAAAUGA